AUGCCAACAUUUUCUCUUUUCUCUUUCUUUCUUUUGAUUUUGUCUUUUUUUUCUUCUUUACAAAUCUUUAUCGAUACUAUUUCCUUUGUGUGUGUGCGCGCGCGCUUUUUUUCUCUGUUUUCUUCCUCAUAUUUUCCUUCUUUUUCUUCCGUCCUUUUCUCUUUUUUAGCUUCUUUUUUCCUCUUUUUUUCUUCCUCCCUUCUUUUUUUCUUUUUUUCUUCUUUUUCUUUCUUUCUUCUUUUUUCAUCUUUUUCUUCUUCCCUUCAUUCUGACUCUUUUUCUUCUUUUCUUCCGCUUUUUCUUCCUUCCUUUUUCGUUUCCUUCCUUUUAUUUUCCAUGUUUUCUUCCUUCUUUCUUUUUUCUUUUUCCUUCUUUUUUUCUUUUUUUACUCUGCUUUUUCUUCUUUCUUUCUUCCGCUUUUUCUUUUCUUUCCUUCUUUUUCCGAGUUUUCUUUGUUUUAUCUUUCUUUUUUCUUUUUACAUCUUUUCUUCGCUUUUUCUUCUUUCUUUUUUCCCUUCUUUUCCCACUUUUUCUUCCUUCUUUUUCUGUUUCUCUUUCUUUUUCAUUCUUUUUGUUUACCUGAAUAUCUUUUACUUAUUAAUUAUCUAUGAUCUUUGGAAGAUCGAACCUGUCGGACGCAGUCAAUCAAUUUAUCUAUGUUUUCUUCGAAAGCCUCACUUUAUUCUUUCUUUCUUUUGUCAUGCAUUCAUUUUCUCACCUUGCAUUUUCUUCUUCUUCUUCUUCUUCUUCUUCUUCUUCUUCUUCUUCUUCUUCUUCUCUGCUACCUUCGUACUAUUUCUUUCUUUCCUUCAUCUUUUCUCGCUUUCAUUUUAUAACUUAUUUUUUUGUUUAUUCAUUCGUUCCUUUUCUCCUUUCCUUCUUUUAUUCAUUCUUUGUCUUUUGAUUUCCUUUCAUCUUUCUUUCGUUUCUUCUUUCGAUCGAUUAUAUCCCCUCGCUGAAUCCUUCCUUCAAUUCUUUCUCCUUUUUUUCAGUUUUCUUUGUUCUUUCUUUCAUCUUUACCAAAACAGAAUCAUCUGUUCAUAUCUAUCUAUCUAUCUAUCUAUCUAUCUAUCUAUCUAUCUAUCUAUCUAUCUAUCUAUCUAUCUAUCUAUGCUUACGGUCACAUCAUGUUGA